UGACCGUGACCUGACCUUUUUGGUUAAUAUGUUUUUGAAAAUUUUAUAUUAUAAUUUUUGCAUUUAUUAAAGAGAAAGCGACAUUCCAAGAAGCAUGUCUUAUGUGAAACAAUAAUAAAUCACCAGUUUCAACAAUAAAACAUUACAUGGAUGAGUAAACUCAUUCAGUGAAGUGUUGCAAUUUAAAAUUUGGUAUUCAGAAAUUAGAUAAAAACUUGACCCUCGAUUUUAUCACAUUUCUGGUCAAACUAAUUUUAAACAUACAUCGUAAACCGACGUAAUGAGGUGAAAACGUAUUGUUCACUAUCACAGACCGUAUCCGGCGAUUAAUAUGAUGUAAUAAAUUGUGUUCAAGUAUUUUCAUUUGUGUUGCUAUUAACAUUUUAUUGGUAUCAAUAAAUACCAGUUUAAGUAAUUAGUACGAUGCAUAAGCCGGUUAGAAACGCGUGGAAGUUCUGCAGGAGACACCUUUCUGUGGGGACCCAGCCUAAACCAGUACUGUCUACAAAAGAAACAUUAACAGAUUUAUUUGGAAGAUACCACAAUUAUUUGAGGAUAUCUUUAACUGAAAGGUGCAAUCUAAGAUGUCAGUAUUGUAUGCCAGAAGAGGGGGUUAAGUUAACUGAAAAACCACACCUAUUAACAACAGAUGAAGUUAUUAAAAUUGCAAGGUUGUUUGUAAAAGAAGGUGUUGACAAAAUAAGGCUAACUGGAGGAGAACCAACUAUCAGAAAAGAUUUACCAGAUAUUAUUUAUAAUUUAAAACAAAUUGAGGGACUCAAAACAGUGGCAAUGACAACAAAUGGUCUAGUAUUAACCAAACAACUUGUUGCUUUGCAAAAAGCAGGUCUGGACAUUGUAAAUGUUAGUUGGACACACUUGUUGCUGAGAAGUAUGAAAAAAUUACAAGAAGAAAAGGCUGGAAUAGGGUAAUGAUGGGUAUAGAUUUGGCCUUGCAACUUGGAUAUAAUCCUGUGAAAGUUAACUGUGUUGUUAUGAAAGGUAUAUGCUAAUUAACUAAUUUGUAAUCACUUUCCAAGUCAAAGGAGGCCAACAUCCAAAAUAUAAAUAGAUCCGAAUUUAGUUUAUUGAGGUAGGCAACCAGCUAUACAGCUCAGUAUAAUGUGUUGCAUAAACCAUAAAAUAAGUUUGAAUAGAGUUAGAAGACAAAAGCCUAUAAAAAAGGAUGCUGGAUUUGUAGGAUUUCGGUUACUGAGACAUUAUAAUAAUAAUUUAAAGAUUAUUUCAAGCAAUAAAAACAGGUGUUGCGUCUUUCAGAUAUAUUUUUCUCAAGAGAACAUGAGGAAUCAGUUGGUAUCAUUGUAAUUAAUAUGGAAGAGCACAGAUUUUUGUAAAUCAUACUUCUGGUGGUUUUUCAACAUUUAGCAGUCAUAGGAAAAAAUUGCCACCUCUUUCCCUUUUCAAAGGGUUUGUGGGGCUCAUAUGUUCCACAUUUAUCAUCUGUAGGAGCUGCUGCUUUUUGCUUUUCAAAGAAUUUAUUUAGAUGUUUGUACUGGUUCUCAUGACAAAAAUUGAUGCAUUUCUAUGGUAAUCAGUAGGAUAGUUGUCAAAUAAUUCCUGACAUCAACAUACCAAAGGGACCAACAGUCAUUGUUGCAUCUAUACGAGGUUUGUCCGGAAAAUACGUAUAAAAGUGGAAUAAUAACUUUAUUUUACAAUUAUUCAGGUAUUUCAAGAUGGUUUCCUUCAAAGUACUCACACCCUGAGACAAGAUGCACUUCUGCCAACGCCGUUUCUACUGUUGAUACGAUCGCUGAAAGUCUUCAAUUGUGAGGCUCUUCAUUCGCCGUGUCGUUUCUGCCUUGAUUGCUUCCACAUCCCCCAAGUGCCGCCCCCAAAGCACCAUUUUGCAUUUUGGGAACAGGAAGAAGU